AUGAACGUCAAACCACAAGACAUCGACACCAAGUCGGUCAUUUCCAUGCAAGAGCUAGACCCCUCGCCCACACUCGAAAGCGGCGAGUACUUCCCUCAGCCCGAGGCAGACAAGCCGAAGCGUACCUGUGGAUUUUCGGCCCCGAAAUUAGGUCUCCGAGCCCACCGGUGGGAUGCAUUGUUGUCUGGCCUUCAAAAAUACUCGACCUACCCACCGACGGCCUUCUUCGUGCUGCACUUCGCUAACACCGCACUCUUCCCACUUGUGACCCGCUCCGUGCCCGCAAGCGAGCCCUAUCUCCUGCUCACGCGACCAAUCUACCAGGCUCCAGGCCUGGAGCAUCUCAUUCUCACAAUUCCAGUCCUGACACAUAUCAUCUCUGGAAUCGGUCUGCGCAAUAUCCGUGCAUCACGACGCGCUCGGUUAUACGGCGCGGAGACACGCGCUCAGCGAUCAUUGCUCUCCUCCUGGCCUCGAUUCUCUCUUCAAGCUCGCACAGGGUAUUUCGUUGCGCCAUUGAUUGGUCUUCAUGUGCUGGUCAACCGUGCUACACCGUUGAUCGUGGAAGGCGGGAGUUCCGGUGUGGGUUUGGGCUAUGUUGCCCAUGGUAUUGCGCGCAGUCCAGUGUUCUGGAACCUUUUCUACUUGCUAUUUGUCACUGCCAGCGUGUGGCACUUUGUCGGCGGUUGGGCUACUUGGAUGGGCUGGAGAGUGACUACAGCCCGCAAAGAGCGCAACAGCAAGGGAUCGCUAGAAGGCUAUCUGGGCUAUCCCGAAAACCAAGACCGCGCGAAGAGACAGCGCAAGAUGUGGUGGAUAGUCAAUGGGAUUGCCGCAGCAGGUGCGGCUCUCUGGCUGGCUGGCGCCCUCGGUAUUGUUGGACGUGCAGGUGAAGGCUCGGGUUGGGAAGCGCAAGGGUGGAAUGAGAUGUAUCGUCAAGUGCCUAUCAUUGGCGAUUGGUUAUGA